GGAAGCACGUUGCUUUGUUUUGAUUGUCAAAUGUUGUGUGCACUAACUCUAAUUGCCCGAAAAAUAACAUUUGAAAUAUUGCUUGUCUUCCUGCAAUGACCACGAAAUCAACAAUAUAUCAGUUUUGCAGAGCUCUACCAAAAAUUGAGCUGCACGCCCACUUAAAUGGAUCUCUAAGUAUGAGCAUUCUAACAGAACUAGGAUGUAUGGACACAUCAAUCGUAAGGUACAUGAAUCUAACAGAUAUUCUAAACAAAAAAGAAAGAGCCCUAGACGAAUGUUUUAAAUUAUUCAAGGUAGCUCAUGAUGCUACGAAUACUCCAGACAGUGUGUACAUAGCCACAAAGAGAGUAAUUGAAGAAUUUGAUCAUGACAAUGUGAUGUAUUUAGAAUUGAGAACCACACCUAGGUCUGAGGAAAACAUGAGCAAACAGGAAUACAUUGAAUCAGUUAUCAAGGCAAUAAAAGAAAAUGACAAAAAUAUUACCGUAAAACUGAUAUUAUCGAUAAACAGAAGCCAUGAUAUGAAGAACUCCCAGGAAUCAUUAGAAGUUAUUUUGAAUAUGAAAAAAAUUUUUCCCGAUAUAAUAAAAGGAAUAGACUUAAGUGGCAAUCCAAAUGUUGGGAAAUUUGAAGCUGCCAUCUUUAAAACAGCUAAGGAAAAUAGCUUAUAUACUACCAUCCACUGUGCCGAGGUUAAAAAUGAUGAAGAAGUGAAAGAUAUUUUGAAUUUUGGCCCUGAUCGUCUCGGACAUGCUACUUUUUUGCAUCCACGUUAUGAUGGGUGUCAGGAAAAUUGGCAACUGUAUUGUGAGAAAAGAAUCCCAAUAGAAUGUUGUAUGACAUCCAAUGUUAUAUGUGGAACUUCUGAAAGCUAUAAAAAACAUCACAUACAGGAAUGGAUAAAGAAUGGAUUACCGUUCUGUAUUAGCACCGAUGAUAAAGGUGUCUUUUGUACAUCACUCUCCGAAGAAUACGAAUACGCUAACGAGUUCUUUGAUUUAUCAAAGGAAGAUAUGUGGAAAGUGUCAUUAAAUGCGGUAGAUUACUCUUUUGCGUCCAAUGCAGAAAAACUGCUUUAUAAAUCCAAACUGAACGAGUGGAAAAGAGAUAAUGAAAAUUUGUUCUUAUGAUUUUUUGUCAUAACAGAAUAGAUAAGUACUUUA